UCAACCCUUUGACAUUGUGCGGCAUCGAAACGGCACACACAACGCUGACGUGGCGAUAAAAUAAAGAGGACGAAAAUGCCCUUUAGAACGCAUAAUGGCCCUAUCGAUAGAAAAGUAAAUAUCACAGAUAAAGAUUGAAGCUAUAGGACUACGCUAAACGAUUUGAAGACAUCCGAUUGGUUAUUAUAUCGAAAUCACGUGAUCAAUAUAUUUUAUAUUAAUUCCUGAUGAGUGUUUACCCCAGGAACAGUGCGAUAAAAAUUUGGACCCGUACUAACAUUAAAACCUGUAUUGCAAUUCAACUUUGCUAUGCUUGCAUCUCAAGAUGAAAACACGAUCAACUAGGUUCACAUAUUAAGUUAAACAUGGGAGUUGACAUUCAAACAUAUCGAGCAAGGAUUGGUAGUUACAGGCAAUACCGAUGUAGUGGUGCAAUUGACAGUUGCAGAAGUUUCCGGGGUAUUGAUGUGGCGAUUAAAGUCAGCAAUAACCUAAAAACUGUUGGUUGUGUGCUUUUUAUUGGCGUUCUUUUAAUGAUUGCUGGUGUUGAACCAAACCCAGGUCCGAGGGAAAAAGAUACUGCCGGUUACCAAUGCGAUGAUGUUGCGGACGUUGUAAAGGGCACAAAAAGGAGUGUAGAUGGACGUGACACACUGACUGAAGAGCCAACAAAGAUUAAACUUUCCGGAGUAUCGGUAGACAUGAAUAGGGCUAUGUUGAAAAGAUUCUUUGAAAACGCGAUAGAUUUUUGUGGAAAAGUUGUUGAGGUGACUGUUAAUCCUAAGGAGAGUUCUGCUAUUAUCACAUUUGAUACGUCUGCAGCUGUAUAUGAAAUAAUGAACAAGAGACCAAUGACUAUUUUGGGGUUUAAAAUUGAUGUAGAUGUUUACAGGGACAAAAUCUAUUCAGAAUCUGAACAUGCCGAAAGAGACGUACAAGGACCAGAAUCAUUACAAACAACAGGUGAAACUAUCAUUUCAAAACCCGUCUCUAUUGGAAAAGUAACGAAGGGAGCAGAAACUUCAGGCCAAAUCAAUGACAAACACGAUGAUGUUCUCAUGUCAAAAUCUAACUCGUUGAGUAUUCCCAUGUCAGAUUUUGUUCUUAUACGAUGCCGUUACUUCGAGGAUCAGUUUUAUAUGCCAGUAUCUGAGGUGCAGGAAUGGCUUUCGGAGGAAAGAGAGCCGUAG